AUGUCUCAAUGGGAAACCUUAAAAGAUGAUCAUCGUCGACGAUUCGAAGGCGGUCUCGACGUCGAGAAGGUGACACCGAACGACGAAUCGCAAUCAUUCAUCUGGUUUCAGAGCACCUUCGCAAAAACGCCGAGUCGAUCGACGUACGUGGACUGCUUGAGGAAGAGCAAUCGGUCGAAGAGGACGAAGCAGGGGGGCGGUGCAAAGCGGAAGAGCAAAAGUCUUGAAUCGACCGAAGGCGUCAAGAAUCACGCCGAAUCGUCGUCGUGGCGAAAAAUUGUGGAUCAAAUCAUGAACACCAUAAUCGAUCGCGUGAAAUCGACGAGACCGGCGACGACAACCGGCAACAAUUUCGGCGACGCCUAUGCACCAAUCAAUGACGAUGACGAGCCGGACGUUCAAGCCGACUACGACCCGCAUGAGAAGAUCGGCAGCGCCGAGCCAACGGUGCGCAAUAAUGAGAACAACGGAAGGUUGAUCGUCAACGGUGUGCCGUUCUGGUGUUGGAAGCGCGAGCGGCCGCAAGUCGAAUUCUGCAAAUUUCUCGACGUCGUCAAAGCGGCCUAUGAGAAGAAGUUCAAGCCGCUCGAUCUUCUCGAGAAACCAGCGAAUCUCGAUCCGUUCAACACGAUGGAGGAGAUGCAAUCGCGCGACGACGACUACUUCACGUGCCGCAAUCGGAUUCAGUCCAACACGCUUCUCAGUUUGAUCGGCGUCAGCGCGGCGGCGAUAUGUCACGAGACGCUCGACGAUUUUCCCGUGUGCCAAUCGCACAAUAUCACGUUCAAAAUACCGCACAAAAUGGUGAAUUAUAAUCGAAAGAAUCGAUUCCAGAAGGAGUUCGCCGUGUUCUAUCCGAAUUGUCGCGAGUUGAAGAAGAAGGAGAAGAAGUCGUCGGUGCAGCAGAAGAGCAAAUCGAAGGAGAAGCGAAUCACAUCGAUUGAAUAA